GCAUUGCCCCUCCCCACAGACACACCCCGGGACUGUGGUGACGGUGCUCGACCUCUUCGAUGGCAGAGAGAGUUUGCGGCCCCUGUGGGAACAGGUGCAAGGAUUCCGAGAGGCUGUCGCCCCCAUCAUGGCACAGGCCCCUCAAGGGGUGCAUCUCAUCUGCUACUCGCAGGGGGGCCUGGUGUGCCGGGCACUGCUCUCUGUGAUGGAUGAGCACAAUGUGGAUUCUUUCAUCUCUCUGUCCUCUCCACAGAUGGGACAGUAUGGAGACACGGACUACUUGAAGUGGCUGUUCCCUACCUCCAUGAGGUCUAACCUUUACCGGAUCUGCUAUAGCCCUUGGGGGCAGGAAUUCUCCAUAUGCAACUACUGGCACGACCCCCACCAUGAUGACUUGUACCUCAAUGCCAGCAGCUUCCUGGCCCUGAUCAAUGGGGAAAGAGACCAUCCCAAUGCCACUGCAUGGCGGAAAAACUUCCUUCGUGUGGGCCGCAUGGUGCUGAUUGGGGGCCCUGAUGAUGGUGUUAUUACCCCCUGGCAGUCCAGCUUCUUUGGUUUCUAUGAUGCAAAUGAGACAGUCUUGGAGAUGGAGGAGCAACUGGCUAAGAUUGGGGGCCUGAGCCCAGGGCUCCAGUGGUUUGUGCCCCAGCUUCAUGGAUGGAAUGUCCCUGCCACCCCCAGGCUAGCCCAGGGAGCUAAGGGUCAGGCGGGCAGUCUGGAGUCAAGGAGAAUCAUGGGGUCCAGGGCUGAGCUGUGUACUCUCCUAGGCGUGCUCUCAUUCCUCCUCCUACUGAUGUCAGGAGAAGGGUCCAAGGGUGGAUCCCUCAAAGAGAGUCAGGGGGUCUGCUCCAAGCAGACACUAGUGGUCCCGCUCCAUUACAACGAGUCCUACAGCCAACCGGUGUAUAAGCCCUACCUGACCCUGUGCUCUGGAAGGCGCAUCUGCAGCACCUACAGGACCACGUACCGCAUGGCGUGGCGGGAGGUGAGAAGGGAGGUGCGGCAGGUGCACGCGGUGUGCUGCCAGGGAUGGAAGAAGCGGCAUCCAGGGGCGCUCACCUGCGAUGAAGCUGUCUGCGCCAAACCCUGCCUGAACGGAGGCGCCUGUAUCCGGCCGGACCGGUGCGAGUGCGCCCCCGGCUGGGGUGGGAAGCACUGUCACGUGGACGUGGAUGAGUGUAGGACUGGCGUCACCCUCUGCUCACACCGUUGCCUGAAUACUGCGGGCAGCUUCACCUGUGGCUGCCCCCACGGCCUGGUGCUGGGCCCGGACGGGCGCACCUGCGUAGAGGGAUCCCCGGAGCCUCCAACUAGUGCCAGCAUCCUCAGCGUGGCGGUUCGGGAAGCGGAACAGGAUGAGGGCGCCCUGAGCCGGGAGAUCGGGGAGCUGCGAGAGCGCCUGGAGCAGCUGGAGCAGGCGAGCCUGGGCGCCUGGGGCCAAACCCGCUGGGCUGGGCGCACCCCCUCCCCAACAACCUAAGGCGUCUUUUCCUUGUAGUGGGCUGGGCAGGCUGGGGCCUGGGUCAGAGCCGUGCUGCCCAUGCCACCUGAAGACCUGCAGCCCGAACAGGUGGCAGAGCUGUGGGGCCGGGGCGACCGGAUAGAGUCUCUGAGCGACCAGGUGCUGCUGCUGGAGGAGAGGCUAGGCGCCUGCUCCUGUGAGGACAAUAGCCUGAGCCCAGGCCUCAACGGGCGGCAAUGAGGAACCUCUGCAGAGCCCCUGCCCCCUAAUUUAUACAGAAGCUGGACGCACUAAUCCUUUGGGAUUCGCCAGCUGGGGAGCUGCAGAUAAGGUUAUCUGCCACUAAGGAGCAAUGUCUCAGUGGCAGCCCCUGAGUCUUCCAGCUGGGGCAGAUUGCCUGGGGGUGUGGGAACUGCUUCUUCAACUCAACAAACACAGCUCAAGUAUCCAGAUCUCGCUCAAUCUUUAUUCUCAGUUUCUUGCUGUUAUCCAGAUAAUUAAUAAAAACCAACCAUGAAAAAUGGA